AUGGCCACCACUAAAUUGUUCUCAGUGUUGUUCGUCCUGUUUUUCCAAAAUUGUGUCGCCCACAUCGACAGAGACACCGUCCGAAGUAUAGUUCCUUUCCGGGAGUGCUUAGGGCAUAAGUUUCCGGGGGUGUGCUUGAAGGAGAGGGCUUUGGACGCGCUAAAUGCCACCAUCAUGAGUGACAAGCCCUUGGUGUUUUUGGACAUGGUGGAGAUCGGCAGGAAUCCGGACUAUCUGUACAACCUGUCCGAGGAGCAUCUCCCUGACGAGGUGUCGGCCAGGAGCUCGAAACUCAGUGACUUGCUGUACAGCAAGAUCGAGGAGUUCUUCAAGUCCAGGGUCGUCAAGUUUAGUAUGGCGCCGGCCUUUGACGAAGCAAGAGGCAAGAAAGACAAAGGCAAAGGCGGCAUGAUGAUCAUGGUAAUGGGCGGCAUGGCAGCCAUGAUGGCCCAGUUGUUCAUGGGCAAAAUCGCAUUCAUGGCAGGAACGGCCCUAGUUUUGGCAAAGGUGGCUUUAUUCAUGUCAGCCAUCGUCGGACUGAAAAAAUUAGUGAGCGGUGGCGGCGGAGGCGGCGAGUCCCACGUAGUGUACGCCAGCGAAGGACACAGUCACGGUGGCGGCGGCGGCUGGCAUCGAAGUCUAACCAAUGAUCCGCACACCCUCGCGUACAAAGCUCAUGUAACUGAGGCCACCGGCUAUUAG